AAUAUAACAGCUAUGCUAGCACAGGACAGGAAAAGAGAACAAAUUUGGCUGAGAAAAACAGUGGAUACAAACAGCAGAAUGCAAAGGACCAGACCAGUGAAAGGAAAAAAAGAUGUAGGGAAUUGGAACCUAACCUUGUUGAGCAGCCUGGUCUAGCAGGAGGUGUCCCUGCCUAUAGCUGAGGGGUUGGAACUAGAUGAUCUUGAAGGUCCCUUCCAACACAAACCAUUCCACGAUUCUAUGAUUGGUAAGCACAGAAAACAGUCGUGACUCUUUAAGAUCGAAAUCUUUUGCAUGCCAGCACAAGCAGCUGUCUUAGCUAAAAGGAACUCUUGCAUUCAAACCGUUCAAGGUACAUUAUGAACGAACUACCUGGGAAAACAGUGUAGAUGGUGGCUAUUUCAAAAACUAUGAAAAAAAUUCACUUUCCGCUUCUAGUUCACUUAACAGAUUGCUUCAGCUUUAGUCAGGCGCAUUAAGGUUGGACUGUACAGAAAAUGAGCAGGCAGAUACCUGCACAGCAAGCAGAUGACACAGGCACUCUGCUAACGAGAAAGGCUUGGCACUACAGAUAAGCAAACUGUGACUCCAAUUCACUUGAACUGCAAGAGAGUGAUCCAAGAGCUGACUGGGAGAAUAGGCUUUGUGAGGGAGAUAUCUGGCUGCUAAAAAGGGCCUCUCGCUGCCUGUGUGGCUGUUGCUCUGGUAGUUUGGAUCAAAAGAGUGGUUUAACUUCAGUUUAUCCUUAGUCACUGUCACCUACCUCUCUCCUAAGGCCCUUCUGUACAAGGACUUCUCUAGUGCAGGCUUCUGAAUUGCCUGCGUCCAAUGCUGAAUCGCUGGUGUAGGUAAGCACCUCUCAGUGACAGCAUCUAGCUCUUGGAUCAGACAAACAUGUCUCCAGUCCUUCCUCUGGUGAGACCUGCACGCAGCCUGCAAGUUGGCAAGUUAAAGAUGAGGCUUUCCAUAAAAGGGGGGGUGGAGCUGAAAUCUCUUGGCAAGAAGCAAGGUCUUCUUGGCUCGUGUUGUUCUGCUUUUAGUUUUUAAUAAGUUCCGUUCUGUCGGCUUUAAUGCACGCUCAUAUAAAGGGUUGGUUCCUCCCAGCCAGACUAAUCAGGUUUGGAUCCCUUCUCAGUGCUGCUAUCGUUUAUUUGGCUGGUACCACAGACCUCAUACCAUCUAGCAAAGAGAACUAUCUCUCGUGAGCAUCGAGGAGAGAAGCACUUGUGAUAUGAUCUGCAAGGAAAUACAGAGUUUCCGCCAGCAGACGCAGCUACCUAUUGACAUCUGCUUUUUGCAGCUGCUGGGUAUCACAGCGUAGGCAGCACUUCGCUGGCAGAGAUACCUGGCCAGAAACAAGCAAUUCUGCUCCACCAGAACUGAGGAGCUCCUCUGCAUCAUUUGAAAAGAAAGAGAGGAGAAAAGGAACUGGGGGAAAAAAACAUGAGUUCUUCAAGUACGGAGUCCCUUGAAGCUGACACCUCAACCUUUUAUGACUUUUACGAUAAUUAUAAUGAUGCUCCACAACCUUGCAGUAAGGAAACCGUCAAGAGGUUUGCAGCCUCUUUCCUCCCUGUUCUGUAUACCCUGGUAUUCCUGGUUGGGCUAAUAGGAAACACUCUGGUCAUUGUGGUCCUCUUUAAAUACAAGAGACUGAAGAGCAUGACUGAUGUGUACCUGUUAAACCUCGCCAUCUCAGAUUUGCUCUUUGUUUUAUCCCUGCCGUUCUGGUCUUAUUUCGUGAUAGACCAAUGGGUUUUCGGAACUUCCUGGUGUAAAAUUAUUUCGUGGAUCUAUCUGGUUGGGUUCUACAGUGGGAUAUUUUUUAUUAUGCUUAUGAGCAUAGACAGAUACCUGGCAAUUGUUCGUGCAGUGUUUUCCUUGAAAGCAAGAACUGCCUUCCACGGCCUCAUUGCCAGUCUUAUUGUAUGGCUGGUAGCUCUUUUAGCCUCAGUUCCAGAACUUGUAUUUAGAGAAUCUUUCGUUGAGCAAAAUUAUACUACUUGCAAGCUGAGAUAUCCAAGCAACUACAUAACAUGGAAACUUUUUUACACUUUGGAAAUCAACAUUCUUGGGCUCCUACUCCCCUUUAUAGUUAUGGCAUUUUGUUACUCCAUGAUUAUUAAAACUUUACUUCACUGUAGAAAUGAGAAAAAGAAUAAGGCCGUGAGGAUGAUCUUCGCUGUCAUGAUUGUGUUUUUCUUCUUCUGGACCCCUUACAAUAUUGUAAUUUUAUUACAACUGCUGGAAACUACUGGAGUCAUUAGAAACUGUCAAACAAGUAAGAACCUGGACUACGCAUUUCAAAUAACUGAAACCCUUGGGCUUUUUCACUGUUGCCUCAAUCCAGUCAUCUAUUUCUUCAUGGGGGAAAAAUUUAAGAAGUACCUGAAGAUGCUCUUUAAGAACUGGCAGUUACCUGGAGUUAUUUGUAAGUGGUGUGGACUUCAUAUCACUUACCACACCGAGUCUACAGGAUCGUUCCACACACAGUCAACUGGGGACCAAGAAGCUCUGUAACGUGUUCCACAGCAACUGACAAAAAUAAAGUGACAAAAGCAGGAACUUCAAAAAGCUCAGAAAAUGCACAAGCAUUUAAGUCAGCUAGUCUUUGAUAAUAACUUCAUCUCUGAUUUCUGCCUCUUAGAUUUCCUGAAUGCUAUGGUAGAAGCUGUCCUAGAUGUGAGAUCUGGCAGUCGGACACGUAUGUUUUAUCUGCUGCAAUUAGAAAUCACUGCUCAGAUGUAACAGCGGCCUUAACUCACAAGUACUACGCUUGUUGCUUGUUUUUCACCAGCAUCAAGAAACGACUGGACUCAAUGGAGGGCAGAGGAGAAACAACUUGCUAUCUCAAAGUGCAUUUGAAAAGUAUCUUUGUUUAUUCAAGGAGAAGGUGGUCAUUACAAUAUUUUUUUAUUCCUCAGUUGAUCUGCAUAGAUUGCUCAGACAUGUAGCAAUCUAUUAACAACAACAGCUACUGUUAGAAGUUUAAUCUCAGUAAAAGCUACACCUUCUGCCAUUAAAAAAAAAAAGGACACAGAACACACUCUGUGCACAAGAUGCAAAGCCAGUGCAUUGCAUUGUGCUAUAAUCUAGCUUUGUUUUCUUUCAGGUAUCCAAAUUGUCUAUAUAUAGGCAUUUUUGAAUGACUUAAUUACCAUAAUUCAGGAUGGCAAUUCUUUUUUUUUUAAUUAACAUUGAAAAUGU